AUGUUACACCAUCAGUUCACCUCCUCCUCCUCGCCGCCUAGACGAACCCGCACUAGUACAGGCACUAUCCAAGCCAACAAAACAACUGCAGGAAACACAACUGUCGAGACAGAGGUUAAUCCGUUCCCUGUGGACGUGCCCCAUAUCAGUAUAUUCGAUGACAGCGACUAUAUCGGUGACCACGAGGAUGAAUUGGAAGAUGAGAAGCUCCUCUUUAUCGACCUUGACGACGAAGAAAUGCACGAGCCUCGUCCACUGAAGUACACACCAUCGCACUCCACUGGUGAAGAAUCUGGUUUGUCAAAGGCCACACAACCUGCUCCAGAUAUCGUCGUCCUUUCAGACGACGAAGACGAGCUACGUACUUUCUAA